AUGUGGAAACUUCUCUCAUAUAAUGCGGUAAAGCAAAAUAUUCAAUUUCUUUGUCAUUAUUCAGAUUCUAAUUUGACAUCAAUUCCACCUCGUUAUAACAUUUCUACAUUUGCUGGUGGGUUUAAG